AAUAAUUAUGAUUUAUACUGUAUUUAUUUUAUACAAAUUUGCUACAUAAUAUGAAGUAUAAAUCAGUGUUGGGCAGUCGGGAGCGUACUGAGAAGGAUAUCUUUUGUGGUAAGGUGGGGGAAGGUCAGAGCUGGUGUUCGGCCAGCCCGACACUUUAAUCCAGGACAAAUUAUUUUACCGAAGCCGUAUAAUAAUCGCUGUUGAGGUCGAUACAUAUUUACAUUCGGUGACCAUAUUGUUUAUGCCCAAGUCGUAGAACUCUCCCGCCGCGUCACGAAGAUAGCGCCUAAAAUCUCUUCUUUCAACUCCUCUCCCGUUGCAAAAUGCGUUUCACACAGUUGUUUCUUCAUUUCGAAGAAAAUAUGAUAGUCACCAAUGGCGUUAAACUACAAAAAAUGUAGUAUAGCGAAUAUUAAAUUUUAAUGGUACCUACCCAGUACUCAUCCCACCCACCUUAAAUAUGGUUGAUGAACAUAAUUCGUAAAUUAUAGACACGAUAAUCGUAUCGACUGCAACGGCGUAGUUAAACGACGGAUAUUACUACAACAUCUACAACACGAUCCAAAAUUAAAUAUGUUCUGUACUCGUAUAACUCAUCGCACUGUUUUAGUUCUACCUACAUUAAUCUGCGUCGCUAUCGCGAGCUACGGAUAGUUUCGGCGUACCGCAACCGAUGUGUUUUUAAGUAAUUAUGUUAAAUAUUUUUAGGUUUCGAUCAAACCACGUCGCUUUUAUCGUGAAUAGUUCUAUAUUUUCAUAAUACUUACACAUGGGCUAUGGAUACCAAGCCAUUAGUUACCUAUCCAGUACUUCUCCUCACAGAUAAUUCAUUAUGGCAGUGGCCACACUUGGGUACAAGGAUCCACUGGCGUUCACUAGAGGCUAUGUCCAGGCUGUUUGGUGGGUGUGUGUGAUAAUAUCCCAUCCAUAUUGGUUGAUGAAAUUGGUUUUGACAUUGGCGGUGUGAGGACGAGCGUUAUCCUGAUUCAUACGCACUCCCCUCUUGUUUUGGAUCACGUGGUGGUGCUUCCGCGACGUCGAACAAUAGCGGUCGGAAUUGAUCGUUGUACCGGCAGGCAAGAACUCGCACAAUAAUAGCCCUUUCUUGUCCCUAAGGACGGUGGCAAUCAUUUUACCGGCAGACAGUGUUUGAUUGAACUUGCGUGGCUUCGACGACUCUGGAUAUUACUACCGAAAAGACUGUUCUUUAUUUUCUAGUGUCUUAUUGUGGACCCAGGUCUCGUUGCCGUUGACAAUGGAGUCCAAGAAUUCCUCAUCAUUAGUAGUAUUAUCGAGUUACUCACAUUGACACCACCCAAAUGUGUGCAAAAUGCAAAUUAAUAUCAAUUUAUAAUAUCAGAAUCAUACUAUAUUGCCGCAUUUCAAAUAAAAUUAUUGAAUUGUGUCAAAAAUAGAAUAUAUUCUUAUUAGGUAAACAUAAAAGAUAAUUGACUAAUGGAAGAUUGAUAACAUCAACGUUUCGUGCUUACAUGAUCAUAGUUGGCAUUGAAUUAUUCCGUGGCCGACAUGUCUUCAGACAACGAACCAACUUGGAGGAUAUGCAGAAAAGCUGUUUGGAUGUUGAUCCAAAAUGUUAACAACUUAGCUGAUGCUAAGGAUUUGUUAAACCGUCAGGAGGACCAAGAUUUGCAUAUUGCCAGCGGGAAAUGUUUUAUUUUAUUACUGACGGCUGUUCGGACGUCGGAGAAGUCGAGUUUGGACUUGGCGCUGGCCGAGUGCAAGCGGCUUGAGGCGCGGUGCGCGACGGAAUCCACGGGCGGCUGGAUGGCGGCGGUCAAGCGCAAGCUGUUGUUCUCGUCCACGGCCGGCGGCGUAGACUACUACGACAGGCAGAUCGUAUUGGCCGACAUGAUAUCGUGCAUAGUGGGCCUGACAGUGGCAGCGCACAAGGACAGCCCGUCCGUGGGCACCGUGGCCCGAGCGGUGUACGCUCUGAGGCGCGCCUGGAAAACGUAUCAGAUGUGUUACGCCGCGGUGCUGGACGUCUACCGGGACGUGUAUGACCUGGACCCAGGUCAGAACACUCCGCGAUGGCCUCCGGUAUUGAAACGCAGAAAAUCCGCCACUUUGAUUCCGGCGUCGAACAUCGGAAGUCGAAUGUUCCGGUCGGCCACCACGUCGUUCGAAGCCAUUCGACGGAACAGCGUGUCGGACAUCAUGCCCAAAGACGUGGUCAGGCUGAUGGCGGCGGUCAGUGUGGGAUACGGGACGUUUAACUUGAUGGUAUCGCUACUGCCUCCGACCGUCAUCUCCGUAAUCGGAGUGCUGGGUUUUCGCGGAAAUCGCCAAACCGGUCUAGACGCAUUGGCGUUCGCCAAAAACGGGCCCGACGUGCACGCACCGUUAGCAUGGGGUAUCCUGUCGUGGUACCGCAUGAUGGGGAACACGGAUUUCAUGUUCGACGGUCCGCAGUCGCGUGAAAACCAGUCCCACGUCGACGAGUCGGAACAACUGGUGCUCGGCCCUCCCGAGGAAUUCCGAAACUCCACGGCUCUGCAAUACUUCGUCGGACGGUCGCGUUAUCUCAAGGGCGACUUGGACGGAUCGAUACAGGCGUACGAAGCGGGAUCGACGAUCGUCGACUGUUGUCUGGUGAACAUGCGCGCCAUGUAUCUGCACGAGUUGGGUUUCAUGUACGCCGUUCGGUUGGACUGGACGACCGCGUGUCGGAAAUUCGCCCGCGUCGCCGCCGACAACACGUGGAUGAGGCCGUAUCACUACUUCAUGGCCGCACUGUGCGCAGGUGCGGCGGGCGACGCGGCCACGGGGUUGCUGAUGUCGCGGCAGGUCGACGAGUCGGUGGACAGCCGGUGGCAGAGAGCGGAACGCGACAUGGUGGGCAGGUUCGUGAUGGACAGAAAGCGGCCGGUGGCCGAGGCUCUGCGGCGGACGAUCGGGGUGGCGGGUGACGACAGAUGCGGCCGGCGCUGUCGUCUGAUCGUCUACGAGAUGCUGUACGUCAAGUACGGCGCGGCCAGGUGGCCCGCUGACUCGCUGCGCGCCGUCCUAGCGGAUUGCGACGAGUCGGAUGACGACGACGAUGCGACACGGUUCGCGAAACAACUGUUGACCGUCAUCUGCCGGAAAGCUUUAGGGGCUUCAGUGGGCCUGCACUACGCUAGUCGUUCUCUGGCCGAGAUCGUCGAACGCAUGGACCGGGACAAGAGACGUGAUCACCUGUACGUGUAUGGCCUUUACGAACUUGCCGUCGAGCAGAUCGGUCACCCUGAGACGAUAGAAGAGGGAAAACGGACGAUACAAAAACUGAAAGAUUUCAAAGGACCGUACCAAUUUCAGUACUUCUUCGAAAUGCGAUGUGCUUCGCUGCAGGCGCACGUUCAAAACUUGCACGUCAGAUGACGUUUUCCUGCGAUGGUCACGAGGAGCUGCAGUCGCACGGCGGGCCGCGUAAACGCGUUCCUAAGCACGGCGACGAACUUUACCGCUGCAUGAGUGGUUUAGCGGUUCGCUGCAACGGAAUGCAUUUCGAUCGCUGCACUGUGCAUUAUGCAUUAUUUAUUGAGCGCGCAUAUACGCAUAUGCGUAGUCCAGUGUUCUAUUUUCAUAAUCGUCGUAAUAAUGUAGGUCUAGAUAUGUGUGCCGUCCGUAAAUGAAUCGGUAUCGUAAGUCUAAGCAUCGAUGUUACGCGUUUGAAUCAUUGCGAUCUGAAUGGGAAAACGAUUUAAAACUUAUUAGUAGUUACGCUGAAUAUUUUCAUAUUCUUUUAGUCGUGGUUUUUUUUUCCGCGUAAACAAUUAAACACGUACACUCGCACUAUCACGAAAAUAUAACAUUUAAACACUAUUUCGAACAUUGAACCUGAAGAAAAUAUGCUACAUAAUGAUAAAAAAUAUUUCAUUUCUCAAGAUAUAUGUAUAAUAUGAGAAAACGUAAUCUUAAUAACAUUUAAUGUAGGUCUGACACUAUAGCAUACAGUGCUACUUGCGUCUAUGGUGGUCGCGAAAAUGAGAUUACCCACUGGAUCUCAUGAAUGUUUCCUGAGUCGAUCAACUUGGUAUUAUUAUCGAUUGGAUUAUUCGUCGACUAAAAUGUUUUUGUUAUAUUUUCUCAUCGCAAUUUUUGUGCAUAAUUUUUAUUCUCGGCAAACACAUACACACCAAUAAUUAUCAGCAAUUAGAGGUCAUAACGUAUAGAAUUGCGUUCAUUUCUUUCUCGUUCUACACGCGUAAUGUCGUUGCUAAAACUCUCUGAUUUAUAUCGGACGUAAUUAGUUAUACGUAUAGAAGAAUUCGAUAAGUAAAAUAACGUGAAUUAAUUUUUUUAACAAAAGUACUCUAGAUGUCAUAUUUAGAUAGGUAAAAACAAUCGAGAUGCAGAUUGAUAUUAAAAGCACCAAAAUCUCUUAACUGUAGGUCAAUUAUUUCAUUGAAUUUGUUUAAAUAAUUUUGUAAUAUUGUGUUUCAUAAAAUACCGUAUAACUGUAUCGAUGCAACAGAUAUAUUAGCAACUUAUUUAAGAAUCCUGAAGAGUUAUAGUAAUUGUAGUAACAUACAUAUAAAUGUAGAGAAGUACAAUUUUUGUAAUUAAUUUGAAUUUGUUGACCGGUGGUUUAUUUCGAUGGUAUAUUUUUUGAUAAGUGUAUUUAGAUUUUAAUGAUAUAAACGUAUUUUCACCGAGAUAUACGUAUAAGCCUCUUAUAGUUUUCCCCGUAACCCUUCAAUUAUUGGUUUUCUUAUUUCAUCCUUGUGGUUCGCAAUGCACCGUUUUUGCAAAAUGUUCUAAAACUUUCUUUGUUUCGUAUUUCGUUUUGUUUUAAACGUUGAAAACAUUUUAUUCGAUACGAUUGAUAUUUCCGGCCUGCCGCAUCAUAUUGACGAUACGAUCGUCUUAAUUAUAAUUUAUUUGAAUGUUCGCAUCGCUCGCUAAUCGUGUUCCGUCAAGUUUUUCCAUUAACCUUAAACCUCGAUGUCUACCACGUAUCACUAUCCACACCGCGACGCGUGUCACUCGCCGAAUGUUCGACGGUACGUUUAUUCCUAAUUAUUAUUCCUUUGUCGGCGCGUUAAGAAUAUACCGCACGCGUCUUAUUAAAUCACCUUUCGUCCUUUCGGGUCCGCGCGGUCAAUAUCAAUAUAUAUAUUAUAACGUUAAUUCGUAACGGAAUUCGUAUUCGUCCGGAAUCCGAUAUCGCAGAACGCUGCCUUUUUUUUUUUUGUAUCUAUGUAAUUUUUCAUUUUAUCUGUUUUAUCUACGUUUAUACGUUUACGUUUUUCUCCGGCGUAUUUUGUUUCUCAAUUAUAUACACACUACGUAUACUAACGUAUAAAUAUCGGUAAAUUAUACAAAAAAAAGAUCUUUAGGAAGACCCAGAACCUGGUGGAUCGAUGUAGUUUCCAAGGAUUUGAAAACCAUAGAUCAGAAUGUGACAUAUGAGUUGACUUACAAUAGAGAGAGAUAGAGAAACCUGUUGAAGGCAGCAAUGGUCCUUAAUGGACCGGUAAGCUGAGAAGAAGAAGAAGAAAUUAUACAGCAUACCGACACACACGCACAAUGUAUAUACGUAUAAAUACAAGUGCAGAUUUCUGUAUUACUUCGAGUGACACGAGUGUUUGUAUGAUAGUAACGAUAAUUAAUUAUAAAAAAAAUACCAACGCGUAGUGUGUAUGUAUAAGUAGGCACGCGCGAAGCUUUACGCUGGAGAACAGUAAUUUAUUACACGACUUCGGUUGUUUUCAACAGCUCUUGGUAGCGAUAUCUCGAAAUUUCAGUAAUUAUUUAUGAUUAGGUUCUCCGACUAUACAUAAAUAUACUCGUUAAAAUUAUAUUCUUUUAAUUAUUUUUUAUAAGAAUAGAAAUUACUUUUUCUAUCGUUAAAACUCAAAACCACCCGAACUCCUAAUUGGUUUUAUUUUAUUCAGUAUCAUGAUAUGUUUUCAAUAAUUUUUUAUUUUUUUACUUAAAUAACUUAUCACAAAUACCAAAUUAUUGAACUCUAGUUUUUUUUCGGGAAUCAUAAAAUCUUGUGAACACAACACAUAACGAUUUUUAUUGGUAUAGAAUAUACGGACAAGUAAAACGUGAUUGGUUUUUGUUAGAAAAUUAACAGCAAAUUCAGCAUUUUUUUCUCCCACGAAAGUAAUACGAUGUACCUAUUGGAAUAACAAAAUAUUUAUCUUAUUUCAACAUAGAUAUAACGUUUAUAUAAAUUGGUAUGGAAUAAAAAUAGAUACGCAAUAUAGAAACAAAUUUAAUUUUAGAUCUGUGUAUGUUUAGCUGAUUCGUCUGAUUCGUUCGGUUCGAUGUGUAAGUUAUUAAUUUAGUAUAGUUUUAAAUGUUGGAGCUGUGAUAAAUAUUUUUGUAUUGAAAUAAUAAAACAGUUAUAAAACAUAGAAUAUGAUUAACUCGAAAAUAAGCAAUAUUUCUCAAUGUUUAAAAAAUAUAUUAAAGCAACGGGAUGAACUUGAAAAAGAAUACAUUAAAGUAUUAAUAAAUAUUUUUUCGGAAAACACUGCGAAUUUGCACACGAAUAUAUAGAUCAUUGUUACUAAGUUGUAAUACAAAGCUAUUAAUGUUAUAUUUACGUAUUUAGUGUCGUCAAUGAAAUAUAUACUAUGUAAUGUGGAAUUAUUAAUCGAUAAACGUAUAGUAUACAUAAUAUUAAUAAAUUUACAAUACCUACACUAAACGAAUUAAAACAUGUAUGCAAAUAGGUAUUAUACAUAAUAUUUUAGUCAU